AUGGAGCGCAAGCUAUCAGAAAAAGCAAUCAAAAUACGCCACCGUCUGACCUUCACCAAAAGCAGCUCCGUGCGUGGCCUGGAAUCAACACAGAUCUCACCCAUUGAAGCCCGUUUAUCAAGCAGUCGUCCCCGGUCAGCUACCAAUCCCGAGUCUCCCACCCAUGACGAGCCAACGUGGGACACUAGGGACACCAGCGACACCAGCGACACCAGCGACACCAGCGACCCCGAUCCCCUUCGGGGCUACAGUUUCACAGAUGAGCCAGGUUACUUCCGCCCUGUAUCGCCGUUUAUCGACCGUCAAGAAAUCGAGGAAGACCUCGAAGCGGAUAUCAAGCAUGCAUGUGCCUUACUAUCUCACACAAUUGACCGUGGCAUUCCAGCCGGAUUGUCCUAUCGGAGCGCCAUGCCACUCUUGACAGAGGGACAAAAUCCCGCUGGUCAGCCUGGUGUCGAUGUAGCUCCUUCAUCUUUGACACAGAACGUCAUUCCUCUGUCUGCGCCCAAACAAAUCAAGCCCGAAACAGAAAGCACGAAGAGGUAUGAUUCCGGCGUUGAUAUGAGUUUCAAUUCUCCUAGCCAACCAGAUAGACCAUACGACAACAGCGUAUCGCGCAGAAAUAGUUCAGCACGGUUCUAUAACAAACAACCAUCCGCUUCACCACCACACAGUGCCUCAUCAGAAUCCCGUCUCCGAAGCCAGAGUCUAGCAACAACGAUCGAAGUAGAUAACCUACGGGAGCGAUCCUGCUCGUCAAGCCCGGUUCCAUUCCCAUACAGUCCUCCGCAAUUCAACAGCGAGUGGCCAUCCAAGCCAACGACACUGGAUAGCCCAGUCAGCUCGCUCAACGAAAUCGACACGAACACGAAUACGAAUGCGAACAUCCCUGGCACAUUCUCACCAGUCAUAUCCCCACAAGAAGCACCAUCACUCGGCGGAGCAGGCAGAACCUGUAUCCAUACUAGCAGAGACAUCCAACGCCCCACCGACGAAAAAGAACCGACAGCAACCCAAGCCAAAAAGCCAAAGCAAGUGGCCCGCUUCUACAGUUCCUGCAAUCAAACAAUAGGAGAAUCCAACUCCCGCGAAUGGCCGAAUAAUUUCCGGGAUGAUCGGAACCCAAGUAUCUACAGCAAAGCCUCACUACCUUCAUCGCUGGGCACUGGAAGGGGCACAAUGUCGAGACCCGAAACAGGUAACUCGAAGUUGGGUCGUACAUCGACGAAUGAGGAAAAUUCACCUGGCGGAUACCCCCGUGGGGUGUCUCACUCGGCUUCUUAUUUGGGGGAUGAGUACAAGCACCAAGAGCGUGUUACCUCUGUUGCUAUGGCCGGUGUGCCGGUUAAAAAUAACCGGCGCAAGAAGGCUUCGAGUUUGUUGAGGAAGUUGACUGGGCUGGGGACGAAGGAGAAUGACAAUGAGAAUGGAGUUUACUGA